CUGUCAUAUACGUGAAAACGACCGUUUGGCGGACAGCGGGCGGGCGGCGGUGGGUGUGCUAUCGAUCUCGCUGUCGACGGCGCGCAGGCAAUUACAUCGGAUCGAUCUGUACGCCAGUGCUUGUCGAUGCGGGCAAGAACGAUCGGGAGUAUUUAGCAGUGACGUGACGUGCGACACGGCGAACCCUCCAAUCCUGGGCCAACUUUCCAUUUGACCUCUACCACUCAACCGUCUGAUUCAGAACCGUCUGCACCUUUUCCUCUUCCACAACCCGUUGGCCGCCUUCUUGCCCAUUUAAUUUCACCACGCAAACAAUAACAUCAACACCGCCGCCAAAACAACAACAUCAACAUGUCUUCAUCCGGUUCCGUCCAGGAACGGGCUCAGUACCACCUGUCUCAGCUCGAUAAGGAGCUCAGCAAAUACCCCGCCCUCAACAACUUCGAGCAGCAGACCAGCGUCCCAAAGGUCUAUGUCAUCCUCGGACUUGGUGCACUCUACUUCUUCCUCGUCUUCUUUAACAUUGCCGGCGAGUUCUUGGUCAACACUGCUGGUUUCGCCAUUCCAGCAUACUACUCUCUUCAAGCCCUCUUCACCAGCGGCAAGGCCGAUGACAGCCAAUGGCUUACCUACUGGGUGGUGUACGCCUUCUUGACUGUGCUUGAGUCGGCCAUCAACGCUGUCUACUGGUUCCCCUUCUACUACACCUUCAAGUUCAUCCUCGUCCUCUGGAUGUCCCUUCCACAGACUGGUGGCGCCCAAGUCGUCUUCCGGUCGCUCCUCCAGCCACUUUUCGCCCGCUUCUUCAACGAGGACCCAUCCGCCAAUCUCAAGGCCAAGGUAAACGCAACCAAGGCGCAGUAGAUGCCUAUGAGUGACUGAAGAGCAAGGAGAGAUCAUCGUCUUUUCUGAAAAGCGCGAAGAGGAAGUUACGGCUGAGUAGCACGGGAAGGAAUUCGGAGUGACGGUAGGCAAUACUUUGCAACAGCUUAGGAUAGUUGCGGGACGCUUGGAUUAGUCCGAUUCGAGAGAGAGGCGGAGAUACUGGAGAGGAGCAUGAGCAUGAGCACAUCGAGAUGCGAAUAUGGAUAAGCUGAAUAUGACAUUGGCUGAUAGCCUAAGCGAUAGAUUUGUUAUGGGAGCUGGGUGGUGCAAUGCUUCAACUUA